UCCUGCCGCUAGCAGCGCACUUCCGCUUCCGGGUCAGCCCCCAGCAUCUCCUCGGCACUUUCGGGAGCUGCGAGGCGCCGGCGGGGCAGCGGCAGCGGCGGCAGGCAGGAUGAUUGAAGUUGUCUGUAACGACCGGCUGGGUAAGAAAGUGCGGGUCAAAUGCAACACUGAGGACACGAUCGGUGACCUGAAGAAACUCAUUGCGGCUCAGACUGGGACCCGCUGGGACAAAAUUGUGCUGAAGAAAUGGUACACAAUCUUCAAGGACCAUGUAUCACUGGGAGACUAUGAAAUCCACGAUGGCAUGAACCUGGAGUUAUAUUAUCAGUAGCCUUGACUCUAGCUGCAGUUGUACAUGGCGGGCAUCACUUUUCUAUUUUUUUUCUAAUAUAAAACUUGUCUAUAAACUUUAUUUCAUGUAAGGUAGAAAUUAAAAGCUCAAGUUGUGCAUGUAGUUUUAUCAGAUGUCUUUAGCUUUGAUGGCAAUAAAACUAGCUGCAAACUUGUAAGAAGGUUGAUUUUGUUUUAAAAAAAUUGUUCGUAAUAAAAGUCUCCUGACAACUUUGA